AGGCACCCGAAUCUCGACUUCCUUCGAGCUACACGCUGGCCGUAAGACACUCCUUACGCUACUUCCAUAAUCAUCAAAACCAGUUUCGCGCCCCAACCGAUACGUAUAACGCAUUCGUCACGUCUUUUCCAUCGACCACCCCCCCAUUGAGUACGCCACAGCUGACUGGGCUUGAACCAUAGCAACAAUGUCACGGAGACCGCCCAACCCUGCCGCCCAGCGCGCGGCCCAAAACCAGCAGACGAUCAAGAAUCUCCUGAAAUUGGAACCAAACAAGGUCUGCGCCGACUGCAAAAGAAACAAGCACCCUCGCUGGGCUAGUUGGAAUCUCGGCGUCUUCAUCUGCAUCCGAUGCUCGGGCAUUCACCGAGGCAUGGGAACUCACAUCAGCCGUGUCAAAUCUGUCGACCUCGAUUCGUGGACCGACGAGCAGCUCCAAAGUAUCCUGAGCUGGGGAAAUGCGCGCGCCAACAAGUACUGGGAAUCUAAGCUCGCACCAGGCCACGUUCCCUCCGAAGCCAAGAUCGAGAACUUCAUCCGCACCAAGUAUGAGCUCAAGAGAUGGGUGAUGGACGGUCCCAAGCCCGAUCCGGCCACCUUGGACGUGGAUGGCGAUGACGAUGUCCCCCUGAGCAUCGUCAAGGAGAAGCAAAACGUCGAGAGGAGGGAGUCAGUGCGCAAAGCCUCUGUUGGCCAGUCGGCAGCCCCGUCGUCUAAGGUUCCCGCAUCACAGGCAGAUCUUAUUGGCGGCGACGAUCUUCCUCAGAGAUCGAAUUCGGCAGGUCCUUCGUCCGUCAAAGUGGCCUCCAAGGCUGGACCGGCACCUCCCAAGACGACGAGCACUAAGGAUUCGUUGCUGGGUUUGGACUUCUUCGGCGAACCGGCUGCACCACCCCGUCCGGCGAGCACCUCGAACGCUGGCGGUGUCGGAACGGCCCCGUCACGCCCCGAUUUGAAGCAGUCCAUCCUUUCGCUCUAUGCCACGGCGCCGCGUCCCCAGGCUCAGCCUUCACAAAGCACGCAGGCCCCCGGCUCGUUUGGAUCUAUGCCUUCGCCCAAUAACGGACACCAGCAGCAGUCCUCCCUGGGAGGCGUGCAGGAUGCUUUCAGUAGUCUUAGUUUUACCAGUACUACCAGUCCGAAGCCCGCCCCCGCCGCUGCCGAUCCUUUCGCCAGUUUCUCAAGCCCGCCUCUCAGCACCAGGCCCGCCCCGCAGGCCUCCUCGACAGCAUCCUCAGCCUUCGGUGGCUUGAGUGGAGGAAGCUUCUUCGACUCCAAGCCUGCAGCCCCGUCUGGCCCAUCUCACCAGAAGCAGGUCUCUAACAGUAGCUUCGGGGGGUUCGCUUGGUCGACUUCACCUCCACCGGCAUCUGCUGCCGUCGCACCUCCGCCGGCCAAGCAAACCCAGCCCUCGUCGAUGGGUGACCUCUUCGACCUCUCAGCGCCGACAUCCCAGCCCGUCUCGGCCCCCAAAGCCACCUCUUCUACGGCUUCUUCUGGCUCUGUGUUCAACUUGUCAUCCGACACACCGAAGCCUUCGCAACCCGCCGUUACUUCCACUACUUCCACCCCUCUCGCAUCGUCCAACCUAUCCGGGGCCGACGUCUGGGGCUCCAAUGCCUGGGGCGCACCCGACGCAUCAUCCUCCACAAACGCUCCUCAGGCGUCCAAGUCGUCUGCAACAACCGCCAGUAGCAGCGGAGUAGGCGGCUGGGGGGGCUCGGCGGCGCUCGGGUCGGGGUCUUUCGCGGACACGCCUAUUGUCCCUGGAGCGUCGGGUGGAUUCAGCGCCGCGCCUAAGGUUUCGGCUGACGAGGAGUUCGGUGGGUGGACUAGCAGCACUGGUCCGACGACGAGCAGCGGCAACAGCGCGGCUAAGCCGGCGACCGGUUCAUUCGCUGGUAACGACGAUCUAUUCUCCAACGUUUGGCAGUAGGAUUCGCGUGUGAGAACACCACAAGAAAGGUAUCUUUUUUUCUUCUUCCACGUUGACUACAGAUCGGAAGGUUCAUUGUCUAGCGUGUCACAAACAAAAGGGAAAAAGAAGCGGGGAAAUGGUGGAUGGUGUCGUUUUCAAAAAAACAUUAGUCGGGGCAUUUGUGAGAGAGGAAGUCAGUCGCGCAAGCCAUAGAAACUUGAGAGAUGAUAAUGAUGAUAUAUCCCAGCAUACUAUCGUAAAUACAAGGGCUGCACCCAAACUCCGUAGCCAU